CUGUGUCAAUGCAGUGUUUUCUUCGGUCAAAUGAUACCAAUCUGAAACAAAGAAAAAACAAUCCAAUCUACUUUUAUUUUUGCGUAUACCUCUCUCCAAUCUCCAUCUUCCAUUAAAGUCUUAGCCUUUCUUCAUCACUUGCUCUUGAAUAUUGUCUCUCCCCCAAAAGGGAUGGUGAAGUUGUUGUCUUUGUUAUGGAUGAAUUAGGGAUUUGGAUUUUGAGCUGCUCUUGUUGUUGUUGAUUCGUUAUGGGUUGCAUAAUCUCUAAGAAGAAGUCACCAAAGAGGAAUCCACCAUGGAAAGAAUCAUUAGAGAAGCGUUCUUCGAGGAUCAAUUCGUCGAGGAUUGAUGAUUCUAGCCAAAAUAAAGAGGAGCAAGAUCGGUCGAAUAAAAUUAGGUUGAUUGAAUCUGAAAAGUUCAGUUCAAGUAGGUUUUCUGAGAAACAUCAGGAGAUUGCUGAGAUUGGUGAUACAGAUGAAGAUGAAGAUGAUGAUCAUCCACCUGAGGAGUUGAAGAGAGAACCUAGUGUUGUGAUUCGACCCGGUCCUGAAGCCGUUUCAAAGGAAGCUGAAUUGGCUGCAGGAUGGCCAGCUUGGUUAGUCUCAGUGGCUGGUGAGGCACUUGUGAAUUGGACUCCACGACGUGCUAGUACCUUUGAGAAAUUGGAGAAAAUUGGCCAAGGUACAUAUAGCAGUGUAUACAAGGCUCGUGAUCUUAUUAAUAACAAGAUUGUUGCGCUUAAAAGAGUCCGGUUUGAUCUUAGCGAUUUAGAGAGUGUUAAGUUUAUGGCGAGAGAGAUCAUAGUAAUGCGAAGGCUUGAUCAUCCUAAUGUACUUAAAUUAGAAGGCUUGAUCACUGCCUCUGUUUCAUCUUCUCUGUAUUUGGUUUUUGAGUAUAUGGAUCAUGAUCUCGUCGGACUUGCUUCGAUACCCGGUAUCAAGUUUUCAGAGCCUCAGGUUAAAUGUUAUAUGCAACAACUUCUAAGCGGGCUUCAUCAUUGUCACAGUCGUGGUGUUCUGCAUCGUGAUAUCAAGGGAUCAAAUCUACUGAUUGACAGUAAUGGAAUCUUGAAGAUUGCAGAUUUCGGGUUAGCAACGUUUUUCGACCCACAGAACUGCGUUCCAUUGACUAGCCGUGUUGUGACUCUUUGGUAUCGACCCCCAGAGCUUCUACUUGGAGCUUGUCAUUAUGGUGUUGGGGUUGAUUUGUGGAGCACAGGCUGUAUCUUAGGUGAAUUAUACUCCGGGAAACCGAUCCUGGCAGGAAAAACCGAGGUAGAGCAACUGCAUAAAAUUUUCAAGCUAUGUGGUUCACCAACAGAAGAUUACUGGAGGAAACUGAAACUACCACCUUCAGCUGCGUUUAGACCCGCACUUCCAUAUGGUCGACGUGUAACAGAGAUGUUUAAGGACUUGCCGAUGAAUGUUCUUUCGCUUUUGGAGGCUUUACUUUCCAUAGAUCCCGAUCAGAGAGGCUCUGCAGCUAGAGCUCUUGAGAGUGAGUAUUUCAGAACAGAGCCGUUUGCUUGUGAUCCAUCUUCUCUACCAAAGUAUCCUCCCAGCAAAGAGAUUGAUGCUAAAAUCCGUGAUGACGCGAAAAGGCAACGACCCACCCAGGAGAAGAAUGAGAGACAAGACUCGCAAACAAGACGAUCACACGAAAGAAAACUUAUCCCACCAGUAAAAGCUAAUAAUCCAUCACUUUCAACAGCUGUGGAGAAUCCUUAUCUAAGAAGCUGUGUUCCGGGUAAUUCGCAAAGACAAAUGCACAAUACAAAAGACAUGACCUGCAACAAUCCAACAAGCGGAAGAGUCUCUCACUCAGGUCCGAUGAUGAAAAACCGGAAUCUCAGUCGCUUAACAAACGUGAAGGACAAUGCAGCCCCUAGAAUACCUUCAUACAGAGCUAACUCAGCAGGACAAGGAGGUGGUUAUGUUGGCUCAGAUCAACAAAUCAUGGAUCAGCAAAAGAAGGAAUUGAGAGCAUUCAACAGAGCUGACACUAUGGAUAAUAGUAAAAGGCAAAUCAAAAUCCCUAAUGACCCUUCUUGGUAUGAUUCAGGGGAUAACAAAAUGUAUAUGUCCGGUCCAUUACUGGCUCAGCCAAGAAAAGUGGAUCAAAUGCUGGAAGAACACGACCGACAGCUCCAAGAUUUCACCAGACAGAAAGCAAAACAAUGCAGAAACUAAAUCAUGUAUCAGAAUGAUUUUGCUGGAAUCUUUAUCAUCAGAGGACAAAAACAGAGAACCAUUCAAGUCUUGUUGUAUCAAGAAGAGUCUUAUCUGGUUCCUAGAUUUUGAAAAAUUUGUUUGUAUUAUAGAGAUUAAAUAUUGUUGGCUUAUAAAAAGCUAAGCUCUGUGAUUAUAAUAGAUUGAUGUGUAUAACAUUUAUACAGACUCAUCAUAGAGUUUGGUCUUUUUGUGUACAUACAUGUAUGUACACUUCUUCAUAUAUUACAGAGAUGUGUACAUUACAUAUA